AGCAUAUGCAAAUGUAUACAAGUUGGGACCAACCAUACAUAAUCAGCUGUUAGAAAAUGGUAUGGUGAGGGUGGCAGUAACUAAAGUGUUCGAUUCUAAUGCUCAAGUCCCCAUGCCCACAGAUGAGGUGACAAAGGUUGGUGACGCCGUCAACACUUUCAUUCAAUGGCCAAAAAGACUUUUGCGUCUAGUUUCUAAUAAGGAUGUUAAAGAAACUGCAAAAGAUGAUCUUCUAUCCAAUAGGUCAGAACCUGAAAAAUCUUACAUUGAGAAGUCGAUGUUAAGGGUAUUGAAUCGAAAACAUCCUCUGAAGUUCUAUUUGAAUGAGAAUGAAUUCUUUUACCUCCCAACAAGAGAUGUUAUGGAGUUGUGUCUAAAGACAGAAGAUUUAUGCCUCACGAUUCUACGAAUAUGGGUGGUGUAUAUGGAACGCCUCUGUACUCAAUUGGGAAAUACUGAUGUGUAUGGUUUCGUUGAUCCAUUUUUCAUUCACGCGGAAAAUGACCAAGAAAGUUCUCAGUCUCAUAUGACCGCAAAGAUGUUCGAGGUUAACAAAGCUUGUUAUUUUGCACCUUACCUGAAAAAUCGCCAUUGGCAAUUGCUUAUUAUUGAACUAGAAAAACAAAAUGUUGUUUUCUUAUGUUCGAUGGGUUGGAAGCCAGAUAAAAGUCUUGUGCAAAUUGUUAAUUCUGCUAUAGAAGGGUAUAACAUGUUGAGUGGUUUCAGAAAGGCGAGAAAGCCAAUAUGGGAGAUUCCCGCAGUAAGUUAA